CCGGGGCCGCCCCCCGGCUCCGCAGGUCCGUGCAGCCCGGGGCCGCGCCAGCCGCGCUCCGAGCCGAGCCGAGCCGAGCCGAGCCCAGCCCAGCCCAGCCCAGCCCAGCCCAGCCCAGCCGAGCCGGCUGUCAGGAGCGGCUGCAGAGCCCGCCGGCCCCGCCAUGGGCUGCUCCAGCAGCGCCCGCAGCCGCCCCCAGGAGCCGCCGCCGCUGCCGGCAUCCUCAGGUGCAAACACCCUGACUGCAGAUGCCCAUGGAACUGCAGCUGACCAAGCCCAGCCGGAGCCAGCAGAGCGUGUGAGCCUUGCCUCGGAGGAGAGCAGCCCAGGCGAGCAGCUGCCGGGAGAGGAGGCUUCAGCCACGCUCCUGGACGUGGAGGGGCAGACAGAGUCGGUCAGUAAAAGGGAGGAGCCAGAGGGCACCGAGCCGCUGUCUGCAGGAGAGGAGGAGAGCUCCGAGCUGCCCUCUGUGUGGCGAGAGGAGAGCAGGGGCCCUUCACCGCCAGCACCAGCAGAAGAUGCUGGGGCACUAUCUCCAGAACCAGCAGAGGACAGUGGGCUGGUAGAGGGCAGUGACAGCUCUCUAGCCGAAGUCGUCGAGAAAGUACAUGUUACUGAAGAGGAGCACCUCGUUGAGGGUAAUAUUUGUGCUUUCAUAAAUUCAGGAGAGCAAAAUUUACCUCCAGGGACUUCUGUGUGGGUCCUCUUGGCUUUACUAAGAGCCUCAAAUGAGCUUCUGAAGUCAGAAUUUGGUCCAGGGAGUCUGUACAAUGUGAAGCAUAGAAGAAUGUGGCUGGGGAAGCCUCGGAUUUACAAGUCCAAGCUGUAAUAAAUUAAUCAGCAUUUCCACCUCUUUUAUUUACUUUCAUGUCCUUUUUGUUCUUAGCAGGUAAAAUAUCCCACUAUACACCUCAUUUAAAACAUUGUAUCUCUGGGUAGCUCAGACACAUUCCUUAAUACUUGCACAGCCCAAUUACUUAGUCAUAUGUACUAAAUA